AUGGUCAUCGAAGAGGAGAUCUCUGAGGUGCCUCGGCCUAGGCAGGAAUCCGUGCCCUCUGACGACCAACUCGCCCGCGAGACCGUCCUCUCGGUCCUCGAAAGAGCGGCUGAGAGAGCGGAGAAGAAGGAAGAGGUGGUGAGACAGCGCCGGGAGAAGGCACAGCUGCUUCGCCGGCAGAAGUCGGAGCUCUUGGCAAGGGACAAGGCUCUGGCGCUGGCCGAAGCGGUUCAGCAAGAGGAGGUCGAGAGGCUUCGGAAGGAAGCCGAGCGAGCAAAGGAGAAGGCCUUGGCAGAAGAGGCUGAGAGACAAGCGGAGGUUGAGCGGCUGUGCAAGGAGGAGGAUGGACCCCAAGCACAGUCGAAGCCCUACAUUUCCCACAACGAUGCCAGGAGCAGCGUGUCCCGAAAUGUGUUCGGUACCGCGGUGGGGGCACAGCUGUGA